AUGAACCCCGAGUACGAUUACCUCUUCAAGCUUCUCCUCAUCGGUGAUUCCGGUGUUGGAAAGUCUUGCCUCCUGUUGCGAUUCGCCGACGACACCUACACUGAGUCUUACAUCUCCACCAUCGGCGUCGACUUCAAAAUCCGCACGAUAGAGCUCGAUGGAAAGACGGUGAAGCUGCAAAUCUGGGAUACUGCUGGUCAGGAGCGUUUCCGCACCAUCACGUCCUCCUACUACCGUGGUGCCCACGGCAUCUGCGUCGUCUACGAUGUCACCGACAUGGAUUCGUUCAACAAUGUCAAGCAGUGGCUCCAGGAGAUUGACAGAUACGCCACUGAGGGCGUCAACAAGCUGCUUGUCGGCAACAAGAGCGAUAUGUCCGACAAGAAGGUUGUCGAGUACACUGUUGCGAAGGAGUUCGCCGACAGCUUGGGCAUUCCCUUCCUCGAAACCUCUGCGAAGAACGCCAGCAACGUCGAGCAGGCUUUCCUGACCAUGGCCCGCCAGAUCAAGGAGCGCAUGGGCAGCACGACCGCCAACAACACGAAACCCUCCGUACAGGUUGGACCCGGCCACGGCGUCUCCUCGAACUCGGGAGGUGGCUGCUGCUAA